CUGGAGACAAACAGUUCAUUCUGAUCAUUGGGGUUGUUUACAACAACAAUAAUAUUUCCAUACCACCUUCAACAAUGGCUGUGCCGCCACAGACUUCAUUUCAUUUUCAACACAUCCCUCAUCCAGGCACAUCUGGAUCGUAUCAAGAUCCUACUAUGAAUGUUACUUCUACUGCAUCCGAUCCCAGCGUCCUCAACAAUAAUAGUGGAUCUAAAAAGCAAAAAACAACGCCACCUUGUGAUCGGUGUCGUCAACGUCGAAUUAAGUGCGAUCGAUUAGAACCGACUUGCUCCUCUUGCAUAAAAUAUAAAGCUACAUGUGUAAGGACUGCAUUCCCUGCAGGUGUACCUCUCUCCACAGUGUCGGUUGAUGCCAUUGGAGGCCCUGGUCUCCGAGGCUUGGCCUCAGGUAAGAGGGACCGUCAUCUGACAGAGACCGAAAUCCUAGACUCAUGUCUACGCAAUGUCCAAUCUCUGCAAAUGAACCGACUUCGCCGUAUUGAACAGUUCUUUGAUAUCGCUGGCAUCGAUGAAACCAGGCUGGACGAAGUGCGCUGGCUUGUGGAGCAGAUUAAAGUACAGCAAGAGAACUCUAUAGGCCUUACUGAAGUCGGUUAUCGUCCAGAAGAGAUCGCAGAAAAGCUUGGGCCUCGUGCAUCUGUAACCUGGGUACGACAGCUGAUGCCACUUCUGCAGGCCACAAGGCAAGUCCGACAGAUCCCAACAACCGCCCAUGCGUAUCCAAAAACACUCACAGCAACCGCUACUGGGGCAAACGCUGCGUUGCAGGCGACGCUGUCAGAGACUGGGAGUUUUAUAUGCCCUGCGCCAAAAGCCACGCCAUUUCCGACGCGCGUCCCACUAUCUGUUUUAAACAAAACUAUGUUUGAGCUCUCCAUAUAUGAUUGUACAGAGUACCUUGGUCCAGUGGCCGGUACAAAGGCAACAUCAUGGGCAGAAGAAAUGCGUUUUCCUAUCCCUUGGCUGAUUCCCGAGCCGCAAGUCCCAGAGGCUCUUUUGACUUUACCCCCAACUGAGCAAAUGUUGGACCUUAUUGAGUGGAUGAUUCAAAGCCCACUCUACACUUAUUUUCCCAUUCUCACUAAAGCCACCAUCUUAAAUGCCCUCGCCUCCGCUCUUCCCGAGGCUGAAGACACACAUUUGGCUGCUGAUAGCUCUCAGGCAUAUGCUGAUCUUGGUGGGAAUGAUGGUUCGCUACCUCAUAGGAUCACGGGCCGUGUGAGUGCUGUUUUCUUGCUGAACGCCAUUAUGGCGCUAGGCGCAGCAUAUCGCUCGAACGCUAUCAAAGAAAACACCCCACACAGGCUUCUCAGGGAUCCAAAGUCUGGGAAGUUAGAUUUCUAUAAUUUUCAGUUGUUCUUUGAUACGUGUCGUGCAUUGACUACCUACGUCUUGGACCAGCCACGAGUAUCGACUUUACAGGGGUUGUUACUCCUCAUGAAAUGUCCGGCUAUUCCUGGCAUUCAAAACUUGUAUCGAGAGCAGGCAUGUGCCAUGGCACUCGCGCUUGGCCUUCAUCGGGAUCCUGAACCUUGGAUAUUAUGUCGUUCUGUCAUCCAACUGCGCCGUAACAUUUUUUGGGUCUGUUAUGUGGUAGACGCUUCUUAUAGUCUUAAUUCAAGUUCGCCAGAGAGAUUCCCUGAGGAUUAUAUUACGAUCGGCCUUCCGACGCUUCCUUCCAUCGAAUCAGGCGACGACGUUGGAGAAAUCGAUGCUGAAAACGAAACACAACGUAUUGGCUUUUUGAUUGAGCAAGCUAAGCUCUGGAAAAUCGUCAAGAAGAUCCGUCGUUGUGGUCAAGCAUCCAAAAACUCCUCAGAGAGCUACUGUGAAGGCUCAAACUUGUAUCGUAGCUCAAGCGCAAAUAUUUCACCUGUAACAAACAUUAUGUCGCCUCAUCAAGGCCACUCGGCCAAUGGAACUUUUGGACAGCCACCUUACUCGCAGAUCAGAGCAAGUAAGGCUCCAGGUCCGUCGUCUUCGCAACCGGCUUGGGUUUGGCGAGCAGAUUCAGCACGAAGAAUCUUGGAUGUUGAGCUUGCUCAAUGGCAAAUGGAGCUUCCUCAGCACCUGCGAUUCGAUCAUGCCUUGACACGUCAGGACGACCCUUGCCCCUUCAAGGUGCGCGUGAAUGGCCUUGGAGCAAUGCUGCAGAUCAUAUUUAAUGAGGUGUUGAUUCUCCUUCACCAUCCCUUCUUGGUUCUGGCCGACUCACAAAGCCAAUCCAAGCGCGACUACGCCAUACAGACGUCUGGAAAAAACAUAAAGGUCCGAUCGAGCACAAGUUCUUCUCGAAGUCCUCGAUCUCGAAGCUCGAGUACGCCAUUAAGGUCCUCGUUCUCAACCAAUCUAUCUAGCGUUACACCCCAAGCUGAUGAUGGCUUCAAUGCGGCCACGCGUUCAUUGCCGCCAUUCCUUAAUACCUGUACUAAGGCAGCUGAAGCAAUUACGUUCCUGAUCGAACAUCUCCUUCGGACAACGCCGGAAUGGCUAGUAUGCCACAACGAGGUCGAGUCUGCGCUUCAUUUUGCAGAGAGAGUACACACUUUAAACGUGACUAUGGCAAUCAAUAGUAGUAGGCCUAGCUUGAUAGCUCACGUUAGCGGACAACAGGCAAAAGCUCAGCUGAGGAAAACCAGAGGAUUUAGAAAGGCAGUCAAGGAAUUAGACCAAUUUACCAUGUCUGGUGGUUGUAGGCUUGAUCUCUUGAGCAAGGAGCAAAUCGCGUCUGGGCUUCCUCGUGAGAGGCUCAUGCGCAGCAUCAAGCAAAUGAUGGCUCAUAAGCGUGGCUCAUAUUAUUAUCGCCUUCCCAGAAGUCCUCCAGAGGCAGAUUUAGUUUUGAGCAGUGGUCAGCAGGAGGCAGAAGGGCGUGCGGGUAGUACCACAGGGCAGGACCAUCUGGAGAUGAGACUCGCGUACCAUGACCAGAGGAUCUGGAUUCGAUAUUACAAUAUUCGUAUCAAGGAUGGCGUUGAGUCCAGAAAUGGAACGGAGAGUUGGCUUGAAAUCCUCAAUCCGUUUGUCCCAUUACCAGAAUUAGAUAUUGAUACAGGGGACGAUGAAGACAGUAUAAGAAAUGCAGGCUCCGAUGAUAUGUCCAUGCCUAUUUAUGAAAAUGGGAAUCCUCAGUCCAAUAACACUGGCAAGCAAACCUCACAGAAGCGUUCAAAUGAAGAAGCAAACUGGUCAAGUGAGAGCUACGACGAAUCCAUGGACCCCCCACAAAUAUCCUCAACUGCAUUGAUGGAGAUUUUCAGUAACCCAAACCCUUCUGGGUUGGCCAACUAUUCUGCUCUGCUUGGUGAGUCAAAUCAACCCAGCGCUCAUGGCUCCAGCAGCGGUGACCUUGGGAUUGAGCUUGGCACAGAGUUUGAUAUGCUUAUUCGCCAUCGAGGCUCCUAUAGUCAGGACACACCUCUCGAUAACUUCGACAAGGUCGAGCCAUCACUACACUUGAAUAGCCCUGUGAAUGGCCCAUCGGAUUUGCUGCAGUCAGGCCACUCUGUGCAUGGCUUCAAUACUUCACCCAUGAGCCCAACUGCGCACCAUCAACCUCAACACCAUCAACCUCAGCACCAUCAACCUCAGCACCAUCAGCAUCCAAACCAACGGCAGUUUGGCUUUCCACCAGACAAUAGCUUCUCUCAGUCACCCUUCCAGCAGCAACAACAACAACCGCCUCUUGCUCAUCUGCAUUCUUUGCAACAGGAUCAACGCAGCGCGUAUCCUGGAUUUAACUUUCAUGCAACCAGUGUCGCUACUACCAGAGCUACGCCACCCACCACAGAAGCUACCUUGAGUAUAGAUUUAGUACCCACUUCGAAUCCAAUGCGCCUGCAGCCUGUAUUGGCUCUCGAUGGAGGAAAUUAUUUAAGUAUUCUCCAACAGCACUUCCCACACGAACAAGUUCCCAGCCAGCCCCACGGAUCUACUUCUAUGCAAUCUUUCCAGCAACAGCAGUCCUUGGACCCGUCUCUCGAUGUUGUGCAUCAAGGAGUUCGACCGUUUUAUGGUGUCCCCGUGGGAGGCUUCAUGGCACCGUCGCUGGAUAUUCUUCCAGAAAUUAACAGGACCGUCCCUAACGACCAACGCCUGUCACAGCCUAAUCCACGGGCAGACUUUCCUCUUUCGUCCCCUUCUUCAUCCUCUGGUCAGAAGUCACAGCAGCCUUCUGUGUCCCCGGUUCUCUGGCCAUUAGGUGCACAGGCCAUCACAAGGCCUGCUGCGGCAGCGUCGUACUCGACCAAGCCUGAACCAUUAUCACCACCAUCCAUCAGUUCAUCCAUACCAACAUCUCCUUUGCCUCAAUCGCCGUUGAAGAUGGUACUUUCACCGACUACGGACGCUCUUUCCCAUAGAUUGAACUCUUGGGAUGGCCUUGGAGGCUCCAAAACUGACACACCGCUAGAAUACCCGAGUACUAGCCCUUCAUCAUCAAGCUUUCAACAAAAUACUCCUGCAAGCAUGAACCACUAUUCUGGUAGUUGGUCUUCAACAUCAUCGACAUCUGACCUGAUUACAGCAACCCCUACAAACAAUGAUAGCCUCUUUUCGGUCACUAGCGGUGUGAUGGAUGGGGUUGAAACGAGCUCUAUUUCAUUGAACCGUCAUCCUGUUUCUGCUGUUCCAAAAGACUUGUACUAUGAUAUCACACCUGUAUCCCAGUCCGAAGAUCGAAUUCUUCUGCUGUAAAAAUACAGAUUUUUUGUUUUAUUUUGUUUUAUUUUGUAAUAAAUAUUUGUACUU